GGGGGAAAGACAUUAUUUCUUCUCCUGUAUGUUCUUUGAAAAGCCAGGCAACAGCAUCUUUAGACAAGAUGUGCUCUUGCAUGAAUUUAAGUGGAAGAGACAAAGAAACCAUGCCACCAGCAUCAUCGGAGAAAAAAACUGAAAGCACCAAGCAGUGAGAAUUCAGUCCAGGGAAUCUGAGGGGAAGAAAAAGCAAACUGGCAAGCAGAGAUCAGGCAGGAAAUAAGUAAUGGGAAAAAGGAUGCAGAAAAUUUAGUGUUUAUGUCAUUUUCGCAGCAGCAUCACCAUAUGAAAAUUCUGUUCUGAAAUUUACAUCAGGAAGUGACGAGCUUUACAAUUAAGAUACACACGACAUCUCCAGUGCUGCAGACUUCUCAGUUACAUCUCCCCCUUCCACAGCAAGAUCAGCAUCAGGAGAGGGAAAAAAAACCUACCUAAGCAACAUCCCAAUGGGAAUAACCGUCCAAAACAUCACAGGAAACACAGCAAUGGUAAUUUGGCCAAAAAUGGCCAGUUGUGCGGACAGCUUUUACAGCGUCAUGUACCAUCCUAACUGGAACAGCAUGCUAUCAAGUUACUCGAGAAACAGCUUUCAGAAGGAAGAGAGGGUGCCCACCAGUCGCUCCUCCUUUGUUGUUGAAAACCUGACUCCAUUGACAACAUACAUCGUGUGCGUGACCUGCCAGUCCGCCAACCCCUCCAGUGACCAGUGCAGAGUUUUUAACACGCUGGAACAAGACCUGGCAUCUGUGAGCAACACCAAGAAAGAGCUGGCGCUGGGCAUCUGGCUCACCAGCAGUGUCCUGCUCCUCAUCAUCGCUGCGGCGCUCCUCUAUGGCUGCCUGCACCUCCUGUGCCGCAGAAGACGCGAGCGUUUGCAAGGGCAGGACAGGACCUCUGAGCAAGACCACAAGAAGGUGCAGACCAACAGCAUGGCGCGCACCUCAGAGAAGCUCGGCAGGCAGAGCCAACAGACGCCAUACACCGAGGAAAAGCAUCCAGGUGCCAUCCAGCUGGCCACAAUCAUAGAGAAUCCCGCAGUGUGCAAGGAGCCCAUCAUGCCGACUUCCAAAAGCCAGGAACGAGUGCCAACAACAGGACGGUGCUCUGCUAUAAAUUAG